CCUUAUCGAAGCCCUCUUCUGUCCUCCCAUCCUCUCCCUUCUCAUUCUCCCUCAUAUUCGUUCUCCUCUCAACACACAGUUCAGUUCUGGAAUCAAUUAUUGCGUUGCAUACCUUGUCUCUUGGACAUCUCAGGAACUCCAGCCAUCAUGUCUUUACUGUCCCAUCUUGAUAUGAUUCCCACCGCAGCGUGGCCUCUCGGACUUGGUCUCCUGGUCACUUCCCCAAUCCUGUUCGGCAACGUUGGACUUUCACUCGUCGGCCCCGUUCCAAUCAUCAAAGAAGAGAUCGGAACAAGUCGACUAAGCAAGCAGGACAAAGUUAGGAUCUGGUCGUUGUUCUUCAAUAGUUCAGCAACUUAUAUUGUUGGCGGUACCUUUUUGACUGCAGGACUCCAUGCCAUUGCAGCAUUCACUGCACCGGAUCACUUCAUUCGCAAUCUCAGCAUCAUCUCUGCACUCUCAUCUCUUAGUAUAAUCCCUUGGACACUCACGGUGAUUAUGCCUACGAACAAAGCACUACUUCAGAUGAACGAAAAGCAGGAACUGUCAAGCCAAGAAGAGGGCGAUGUGAUGAGGUUGAUAACGACUUGGGAUACCUAUCACAAGGUGCGCUACAUCGGCUACGGAGUUGGUUGGGCAACUGGGCUAGCAGCACUUAUGGCUACUGUCAGGAUUGCGUGAGACCUAGAGCCUGAAUUGGACGAUAUGCAAGGCUCAGAUUGGUUGAACAAGUCUUGGUACCGAAAGCAAGCCUUUUCAUGUUUAUGUUAAUCAGAUGGUCCUUUUUAGUAAGAAUGCGAUCACUGUCGAGUGGACCAUUAUCAGGAUUGUUAUGCCUAAUCAAGUGACAAAUCAGAACGACAGUUCUCUCUCUGUGUUC